AUGCACAGGCCUGACUUCAACGCAAAGUUAUUAAUCUAUAAUGAAUUUUAUCAAGACAAGCCUAAUUUUCAGAUUAAUUUUGAAAAAGAUGAGUUGGGCAACGAGACAGAUGUAUUGAAAGGAUCAUUGAAGAUAUAUUGGGGCAUCCUACAACCAAUUAGGUUGAAGUUGAAAGAUGAAGAGAAGAAAUCUCAGCAUGCAGUCAGCAGGCACAGUUUUUCAAAUGAAUCACAGCUUGAAACAUUUUUGAAUCUGCCAAAGUGUAGCAAUUCAAACAUUGAAACAGUCAUUGAAUCAACAAAUGAAAAUUUGAGUCCAACUUCAGACGAUAGCCCACAUUUAAAACUGACCAAUGAAAAUUUUUGUUCAGCAUUGGAUGACCACCAACGUUUCAAAGUGACCAGUCCUGUAUCACGUUCGCAAAGUAAUGUGGUCAUGCGAUCGAAGAAGAGGAAUCCCAUCAGGAAGAGGCUGUCAAUCAUAAAUGGUCACCUUUUCAGUACCGAGACAAGCAUGUUUACUCCGAUGCAUGGCAGCUUAACCAACGUUAACGUCACCAAUUAUGACUCAUCAGAUCAAGUCAUCAAACUCUUGCUUGAUAAGUUCAAAGUUGAUAAUUCGCCAUCUGAAUUCUGCUUAUGUGCUGUUAGAUCGAGUGGGGAAACAAAAAUACUUAAAGAGAACCAUAUACCACUGAUCGAGCGAAUUUUCUAUGGUCCAUUGGAGGAUCAAGUCAAAUUUUACCUAGUAGAGAAAUACAGAAUUGUUGACGUCAGUGAAGAGGUGGCAAGUUUUGUACACCUACCAGAUGCAGUGCUCCAAGCUUUCUUAUUGAAAUGUUACAAUGAUGAAAAACUCGAAUUAGAAAUGAUUAGAGAUAAGCAAUCAUGUGGAUUAAAUAAUUGUGACAUCCUCGCCGCUAAAAAAGUCAUUUUAUCUCUAUUAACUUCAUUGAUAAUUGUUGUGGUUUAUUGUUUUGGUAAAGGUUACCGGCGCGACAAUGAAGAUGAAGAUUCUGCCAAUACCAACUUAGAAUUGAUAGAAAAUGAAAGUGAGAAUGGGAAACCUGAAGAAAUAAAACCAUGUUUUCCCAGCAUUUGGACAGCUGAUAUGUGGGCUGAAAAGAAAAAAAACUAUAAUUGGCUUACUUGCAAUUCAGAAAAAUUAGGAUGUUUAUUAUGCACUAAAGUAAGAACUUUGGGACCAUCCAAAUCUCAAAGUGUCAGCAUUUCAAAAGAAUGGAGUACCGCAACUGUAAUUUAUUAUGGAAAAGAUAAAAGUUCACAGUUGACGUCUUUGAGAAAAAAAAUUCAUGAACAUGCUAAGAGUGCAGCACAUAUCAGUGCCGAGAAAAUUUUACUAGAAGCAGAAAAAAAACCCAUGGAAAAAGUAAUAGAUCAAUUAAACAACUCUGCUGUAAGUUCUACGUCUGAAAUUUUUCGUACAGCGUAUUACAUAGCUAAACAUGAUCGUCCAUUCUCAGAUUUAUAUGACUUAUCACAAUUACAAGAAUUAAAUGGAACAAAUAUUGCUCCUGGAUUGAAAUCAAGAUUUUCUUGUACUAAUGUUAUUAAUCAUAUCGCUAAACAAAUGAAAUCAAAAAUAUGCCAAACAAUUAUUCAGAAUAAUGGUAAAAUAUCGAUUCUUGUGGAUGAAUCUACUACGCUCAGUAAAAAAUCAACUCUGAUUAUUUAUUUUAAGUGUGAAAUAAAUAAAAUGGAAGAUCCGCAUUAUCUCUUCUUAGAUUUAGUUGAAUUGGAAAGCCAGACUGCCAACAACAUUACAAAUAGUCUUUUAAACUGUCUUGCAGUGACGGUGCGAGCGUCAUGUUCGGGCGGAAUACUGGAGUCUCCACUCAACUUACAAACAAAUAUCCAAACCUCAUUAAAUGGCACUGUGAAUCACCGACUAGAAUUAUCUGUUGGCGAUGCAAUAGAUGAAGUACAUGGAAUUAACCAUUUUCAAAUUUUUAUGGAUAAACUAUACACUCUUUACCACCAGUCACCGAAAAAUCAAAGGGAAUUGGAGUCAUGCGCACAAAACCUAGACACAGAAAUAAGAAAAAUUGGCCGUGUGUUAGGUAUUAGGUGGGUGGCAAGUUCAUUUAGAACAGUAGCGGUUUACCAAAAUUUUGAAGCGUUGUGCAAACAUUUCAUACAAGCUAAUCAAGAUGUGAAUCGAUCCAAAACAGAACAAUGCAUGUAUCUUGGUCUUUAUAAACACAUUUCAUCAAAAGAAUUUUUGUUAAAUUUAGCGCUAAUGUAUGAUGUCCUUUAUGAAUUUUCCCUGCUAUCUGAGGCAUUACAAAACAGAGGUACUACGAUUAUUUACGCAGAUAAAAAAAUUCGCCAAAGCAUACGAUAUUUAGAAUCUAUGAAAAAUGCUGAAAAAGGGAAUAAAUUAAUUGAAAUUGCAAAAGCGAUUGAAAAAAUGAAAUUGGGAACAGUAACUAUUACAGGUAAUAGCAAAGUAUCUGUCAUUAAAAGAAAUCAAUUUCUGCAAAGUAUUAUCAACAGCAUAAAUCGCAGAUUAAUUGUAAACUCGGUAUCACCUGAAACAAAUAUUGUAAAUGAAUUUCGAAUUUUAGAAAAAAACGAAUGGCCCAGUGACAUUCCGCUUGGAUAUGGAGAAAAAGAAAUUCAUUCACUUUGCAAAAGGUUUAAUUUGUCGUCUAAAAAAUGUUAUAGUGAAUACAGAGAUUAUUUAGAUGAUGGAGGAAGAAAUCCACCUGCAGACCACUUAAAUCAGUUAAUGUUGUAUGGCAAACUAAUACCUUGUAGCUCUUCUGAAUGCGAAAGAGGUUUUAGUAAUAUGAACCUCAUAUUAAAUGACAGGAGAAAUCGCUUACUUAUUGAAAAUGUUUCAAAUUUAUUAUUUAUUAAAAUGCACGGACCACCACUAAAUAUUUUUAAUCCUGAAAAUUACGUUAUAACAUGGCUUCGAACACACCGUUCUGCUGAUGAUAACCAGACAAGAAAAUCUUCAUCAGAAAACAUUUCAAUUAACUCUCUUUGGAAAUUGUUGUAA